AUGUUCAAGUGCCUGCAGCAGAUGGGAAAUAGCCAGGCUCGUGCUGUGUAUGAAGCUAACUUGCCUGAAAGUUUCAGGAGACCACAGACAGAUUCAUCCUUAGAAGCUUUUAUCAGGGCUAAAUAUGAAUUAAAGAAAUACAUAGCUAAGGAAUGGGUUCCGCCUCCUGCUCCCAAACCUGCAUUUGAUAUUGAAGAAGAAAAACGGAAGGAGAGAGAAAAAAAGAAGUCCAAAAAUAAAAGCUCUGCUGUAAUUGAAAUACCUGCUCUGCCUCAACAUCCAACAGCAUUACCUCGACCCCAUAGUACAGGACCUCACAGUCCUUCAUCUAAACCUGUGCAUCAAGAUCCAUCUAAAUCUAAUGCACAUCAAGUGCCUGGAACAGAUUUAUUAAAUUUGGGAGAAGCAAGUGCUGCUAUAGAUGACAACAUUUUUGAUGCAUUCCUUAGUGCACCUGUGACAUCUGUACCUGAGAAAAGUUUACCGACCACACAAACAAUACCUAAUGUAAAUGCAGUUCCCGAAAAUAGUGUUUCUAAUGAUGAAGCAGACUUUUUUAGUCAAAAAUCUGAGACAGAUGUAAACCAAACCAAUAAAAUGACUAAAGAAUCUAUACUUUCACUUUAUGGCUCUAAUGCAUGUCAGAUACCAAUAACUCAGCAUAUUGCACCUGUAUAUGGAGUAUCAGGUGGAAUGUAUCUUGGACAACCAGCAUAUUCCCAAGUAGGUAUGAGUGGAUUUCAAGCUCCUAAUCCUGGGAUUAAUACUUGCAAUACUGGAGCUAAUGUAAGUGCUGUAUACAAUCCAUUUGCUUCUUUUGGUGCUUCUUCUGUAAGACAAGAUUCCAGAACUCAUCCUAAUGUCUGGAUUGGUGGUAGGGAUGAAUCUUUAAUUGUGGCCCAUGGCUUAGGACAGGUUAGGAAAUUUUUAACUCCAAAAUAA